CUUUAGUUUCGCGCAGUGUUGGCGGGAUUAUUUAUAAAACCAAGUGCAAGAAAAACAAACCUCAUAAAUGUUUCAGCAGCAGUGUAAAUAGCUUAGUCAACAGACACACACACACAACAGCAUAUUAAUUAAUUUAUUAAGACAACAAAUUAAGUCAACGGCAUGUAUGCAACAAAAAACGUGCGACCGCGCAGCAGCCUCUCCACAGAUGAUAAUCAUCGCAUCAAGGAUACAAAUCGGCCAAAUAAGAAAUCACAGAGCAACACAGUGCUCACACUAGUCGCAUUUUGUGUAUUUUUAUUAGUGCUUUGCACCUUUCUCCUCGGCGCACUUGUCUAUGUGGGCAAAAACAUAGCGGAUGAGCAUCAGAAGCAACAGGCGAGCAGCUCAGCACAGUCUGCGCUAAAUAGCACAAUACGCACCGUGUAUGUGGAUCGUGAGCUACUCCUAUCCACCAAACCGAUUUUAAGCGUCUUCUCAGAUAACGGUGCCGUUUAUACUACACCUGUGCCAGCUAUACAAAGAUUGAACACGAUGCCCUCACUAGCUCCUGAAAUAAGAACCGCCAGCAGGGCGCUGCAGAAGUUGGGAUUCCGACUGCCCAAGGCGCUGAAGCCGCGGAAGUACAAUCUUCAUCUGCGGCCUGAUCUCAGCCAGAAGAACUAUACCGGCAACAUAAGCAUAAACCUCCAAGUGCUGGAUCCUAUUGCAUUUAUACCCGUACACAUCAAACAGUUGAAUGUGAGCCACGACAAGCUGCAGCGUUUGGACGAAUCUGGUGCGCCACUGAAAGAUAUUGAACCCGCGCUAACUUUCACUCAUCCGGACUAUGAGUACUGGGUCACAGAGUUCGACAAGCCUCUGGAGGUCGGAAACUAUACACUGCAUUUAAAGUUUAAUGGCUCAUUAACCGAUCGCAUAACUGGUCUUUAUCAGAGCUCCUAUUACGACAAACUGACCAAUCGCACCAGAUGGAUUGCAAGCACAAAGUUCGAACCCACCUAUGCGCGUUUGGCAUUCCCGUGCUUUGAUGAGCCGCAUCUGAAGGCGCAGUUCAAAAUCACAAUUGCCAGGCCCAGCGGCGAUGAGUACCAUGUGCUGUCCAAUAUGCCCGUGGAGAGUGAGCUAGUCGAUGGCGCACUGACUGAGGUAACCUUCGAGGAGUCCGUGCCCAUGAGCACCUAUCUAGCGGCAUUUGUUGUCUCAGACUUUGCAAACAAGAGCACACUUGUUGGUGAUAGUGGCAUUGAGCUGCGCGUUUUUGCGCCCGCUGCACAGCUGGAGAAGACUGAAUAUGCUUUGGGGAUUGGUGCUGGCGUUACAGCUUACUACAUCGAUUACUUCAACAUUUCAUAUCCACUGCCCAAACUCGAUAUGGUGGCCAUCCCAGACUUUGUCUCUGGCGCCAUGGAGAACUGGGGUCUGGUGACCUACCGCGAAACAGCUUUGCUCUAUGAUGAGAAGACCAGCUCUAGCGUAAACAAACAACGCGUGGCAACUGUCAUUGCGCACGAACUGGCCCAUCAAUGGUUUGGCAAUUUGGUUACCAUGAAUUGGUGGAACGACUUGUGGCUAAACGAGGGCUUUGCAUCGUUUAUUGAAUACAAGGGCGUGCAUCACAUGCACGCUGAUUGGGAUAUGAUGAAUCAAUUUGUGACUGAUGAGCUGCAUCCUGUGCUAACAAUCGAUUCCACCUUGGCUUCACAUCCAAUUGUUAAAUCCAUUGAAAGUCCUGCUGAAAUAACAGAGUACUUUGAUACCAUUACCUACUCCAAGGGCGCUUCUUUGGUGCGCAUGUUGGAGUAUCUGGUUACGGAGCCGAAACUGAAAAAUGCUACCACACGUUACUUGACCAACCACAUUUAUUCCACUGCCACCACCGAUGAUUACCUGACAGCCAUCGAAGAGGAGCAGGACAUUGACUUCGACGUCAAGGUCAUUAUGCAAACCUGGACCGAGCAAAUGGGCUUGCCUGUGGUGAAUGUCGUGAAGACUUCUAGCGGCUAUAAGCUAACACAGAAACGUUUCCUAGCCAACAAGGAUGACUACGAUGUGGUUGUGGAGCCAACAUCCUUCAACUAUCGCUGGUCCAUACCUAUAACCUAUACAACCAGCGAGGACACCGCCGUGCAAAGUCUAAUCUUUAAUCAUAAUGACAACGAGGCCAGCAUUGCGGUGCCUAGCACUGCCAGCUGGAUUAAGAUUAACAAGGAUCAAGUUGGCUACUAUCGCGUCAAUUACGAGGAGGAAAUGUGGACUAAGCUCAUUGCUGCGCUUAAGACAUCCCGCGACAAAUUCAGCAGCGCUGAUCGUGCGCACUUGCUCAAUGAUGUGAAUGCUCUCGCCGAUGCUGGACAGCUUAGCUAUACCACCGCUUUGGAGCUGAGCACUUAUCUGGAAGCCGAGCAAGAUUAUGUGCCAUGGAGCGUGGGCACCUCAGCGUUGAAAGCACUGUCCCAUCGUGUCUACUACACCAACAUUUACAAGGACUUUACAAGCUACGCACGAACACUGCUAACGCCAAUUGUGGAUAAGGUUUCCUUCACUGUGGGCAAAGAUCAUUUGAACAACCGCCUGCGCAUUAAAGUGCUGAGUACUGCAUGCGGCGUAGGACAUGAAGCAUCGCUGCAACAGGCAGCAACUCUGUUUACACAAUGGCUGGCCAAGCCCGAGACGCGUCCCAGUCCGGAUAUACGCGAUGUAGUUUACUACUUUGGCAUGCAGCAGGUGAACACUGAGGCUGCUUGGGAUCAGGUUUAUAAUUUAUAUUUGACUGAAGCGGACGCGCAGGAGAAGCUGAAGCUAAUGAAUGCGUUAUGUGCUGUGCGUGUGCCUUGGUUGCUACGGCGCUACAUUAACCUAGCGGCCGAUGAGCAAAAUGUGCGCAGACAGGAUUACUUCACGCUGCUUGGCGCCAUUUCGGCCAACAAAGUUGGCCAGAGCUUGGUCUGGGACUAUGUGCGCGAGCAGUGGCCGCAAUUAGUGGCACGCUUUGGCUUGAAUGAACGCACGCUGGGUCGCCUGAUACCCACAAUAACGCAGCGUUUCGCCACGCAAACCAAGCUGGAGGAAAUGCAGCAGUUCUUUGCCAAAUAUCCAGAUGCUGGCGCAGGAACUGCCGCACGUCAACAGGCGCUGGAAACUGUCAAGUCCAACAUAAAAUGGCUGGAGCUGAAUCAGUCGGAGGUUGGGAAAUGGCUGGCCAACUACGUGGAAAAGUCGACGGACAGCAAUCGCAUUAAGUAAACCAAGCAUUGUGAAUGUAAAACUAGCUUUUCUGUAUAGUAACUGAUUUUUUGAUUAGUCUUAGAACCAACGCGUGAAACAAUUGUGAAUAUGAUAAUUUUUGAAUUGAUAACAAAUGUCGU